ACCUUCUUUAAAAAAAUCGUUUAUUAACUAUUAUAAUGGUUUUAUUUAUAAUAUUUCUAACUAGCAUAAAUCGCAGGUGAUGACCAACGCAAAAGAACGAAAAACUGCCACUCUGCCACAGAAUGUGAGCAAUGCGAGAUGUCGUAACUCUAAAUACAUGGAUGGUCCAGAGAGAAGUAAGGUACCUGAUGACAAAGUCCCGUGGAGUGUCGAGUUCAAGGACUACAAACCUGUUCAUUUCAAUUCUCCCAGAGUGUUGAGCAAACCUGUCUGGGCUGACCCCAAUAUUGAGACGGAUAAGAAAGUUGUCUUGAAGUUUAACAAAGUUGAUGGUAAGGUCAACAGAAAGUCCCAUGUUGGGGAGUACCAGGUAGUUGACGGACUGCCGCUCAACAUUACCGGUAGAACUGGACUCACUGGAAGAGGACUCCUUGGAAAGUGGGGACCAAACCAUGCAGCCGAUCCUGUGGUCACCAGAUGGAAACAUGAUGACAAAGGUGAACAAGUUAUGGAUCCCAAAACAAAGAAGCCAACUCUUCAGUUUGUCUCAAUCAAGCGUCUUGACACUGGCGAGUGGGCAAUACCAGGUGGGAUGGUGGAAGCUGGUGACAGUGUAAGCGCUACUCUCAAGAAAGAGUUUGGAGAGGAAGCUCUGAACACGAUGACGAUGGACAAGAAACAGCAAGCUGAAGUGGGUAAGCAAGUGAAGGAGCUGUUUAAGAAGGGGAACGUGCUUUACAAGGGAUAUGUGGAUGAUCCACGGAACACUGACAACGCCUGGAUGGAGACUGUGGCAGUUAACUACCAUGACCACAAAGGUACUUUCCACAAGUUCAAACUUCAAGCUGGUGAUGAUGCGGGUCAUGUGGAGUGGGUGGACAUAGACUCCAACUUGAAGAUGUAUGCUAGCCACUCUUACUUUGUCAUGGGGGCUGCUCAAGUUAAUAAUGCUCACUGGUAA